UGAUCUUACCUGGCAGUCCUGGCCGCCAUCCGGUAGUAACGUGGCCCGUGAAGACACAAUUACGUUCGUCCCGCGCCAUAACGUGUAUCACUGCGAGGAUCUGCACGGAGAGGAAUCGGGAAUCGUUUAUUCACAGUAGUGCCAUUUUCCAUCUACUAUCCAUCAUCGACAGCGAGAUUGGAGCAGGCGCGGUGCUCUAGUGUACAGCAAAUAUACAUGUACAAAACCUGCUGAAUCUGUGGACUGGCUGAAGACACGUUACCUUCAACGGGGAUGGCUAAGAUGUCGUGUGUGUCAGUGACCAGCUGAGGUCUGCUGAGAGCUCGCUCUACUCACCUGGCUGAGAGCAUGUACAGGAAGAAUGGACUCCCUGUCAGUGUCAGCAUCACCUCUGCCACCCAGGGCAGCAGCAGUUCUGAAUCUUUGGAUUGGCAGAGUUUGGACUCAGCUAAAAGCUAUGAUGCGGUGGUGUUUGACAUGCUCAAAGUGACACCUGAGGAGUUUGCUGGCCAGAUCACUUUGAUGGAUGCUCCUGUAUUCAAAGCAAUCCAACCUGAGGAGUUGGCCAGCUGUGGAUGGAAUAAGAAGGAAAAGCACAACCUUGCACCCAACGUGGUGGCCUUUACCAGGAGGUUCAACCAGGUUAGUUUCUGGGUGGUGAGAGAGAUCCUGACAGCACAGACUUUGAAGAUCCGUGCUGAAAUUUUGAGUCACUUCAUCAAAAUUGCUAAGAAGCUGCUGGAGCUAAAUAACCUGCACUCUCUGGUGUCUGUGGUGUCUGCCUUACAGAGCGCACCAAUCUUCAGAUUGAGCAAGACCUGGACACUCAUCAAUCGAAAGGACAAGGCCACUUUUGAGAAGCUGGACUUCUUGACAUCAAAAGAGGAAAACUACACCCGGAUGAGAGAGCAUAUCAAGUCACUCAAAAUGGUUCCCUGCAUCCCAUAUCUGGGAAUUUAUUUGUUUGAUAUGACUUAUAUCGACUCUGCCUACCCAGCCACCGACAGCAUCAUAGAGACUGAACAGAGGACCAACCAGAUGAACAAUCUUCUCCGGGUCAUUUCUGACCUUCAAGUGUCCUGUAAUUACGAUCACUUGGUGACAUUACCACAUGUACAGAAGUACCUGAUGUCAGUUCGCUACAUUGAGGAACUGCAAAAAUUCGUAGAAGAUGAUAAUUACACGUUGUCUCUAAGGAUCGAACCUGGGAGCAAUUCGCCUCGCCUGGUAUCUUCCAAAGAAGACCUAGGAGGCCCAUCGGAAGAGUCAUUCUCAGUGAAAUAUAACCGGAGACCAACCUGUCCUGAUACCUCAGUUGUAUCCCACCUGCCUACACCCCCCCCCGCCCGGCACAGAAAGAGCCACAGCCUGGGAAAUAACAUGAUGUGCCAGUUUGGAGUAGCAGAGAGUAAGAGUGCCACUUUUUCAGUGAAGGAAAAGGCUCGCCACCUACUGGACGACAGCUUUUUAGAGUCGCACAGUCCUAUCAGGAAUCACACGCAUGACUCCGUCUUCACCAACGGCAUCUCAUUAGGUAGUAGAGAAAGCUUCUUCAGUGAUGAGUUGUCAUCUACUGCUGAAAGAGGUCGUAUGUAUGCUACUCUUGGCCCAAACUGGAGGGUUCCAGUCCGUAACUCUCCUAGAAGCAGAAGUUACAUUUACAGUGCCCCAGGAGCCGUGUCCAAUUAUGAGUUCAGCUCUCUAAGCAGUAUCACCAUUGAAGGGCCUCUGCGGAGAAAAACUGUGAUGAAAGAGGGCAAGAAACCUACAUUAUCAUCAUGGAAGCGAUACUGGAUUGUUCUUUCUGGUUCGACUCUAAUAUACUUUGGCUCUAAAGCUUUAAGAGCAAAUGAAAGGAGACAUUACAAAUCCAGGCCUUGUAAGAGGAUAUUAUUAACAGGCUGGAUAGUGGUGCUGCCUGAUGACCCUGAGCAUCCAAAUAUUUUUCAGCUCAACGACCCUGAUAAAGGUAAUGUUUACAAGUUCCAAACUGGAUCUCGCUUCUCUGCAAUCAUCUGGCAUAAGCACCUGGCUGAGGCCUGCCGGUGUAUAAGGCCACAGAUACCAGCCAACCUAAUGUCUUUUGAAUAGCUGCCACCUUGUGAACAACAAAAUUGGGCCAGUUAUGUUCAAAGCUCCGGUGUUUUGGUUAUCAUGCUUUGUCUUGUGUUUAUAGAAAAGCCCUGUUGAUCGGGGUUAAGUAUAUGUGGACUUUCACUUUGUGGGUUCUGUGCAAUGUAGGAGUGUCCAAGAGAAAAUGUGCCGAAGAAGAACAGGAAAAAUAAAGACAACCAAAAAUGUCAAGAUCUGAGAGAAACACUGCAGCUCACAAACUGCAUUGUUUUUAGUCAUUACAGGAAGGAAACUGCUGCUUAUAUGAUUACAGGACUGGGAGAAUGAGAGAAAAAUUUGCUGGAAUAUAAAGUAAAUCAAGUAUGCAUUCAGACUAUUAAGUAGGACUAGGUUUACACCUAAAAUAUCCUGAUGUAUUUAUUUGGAUAUUGAAUAAUUCCCACCAUUUUGGAGUUUUACACAUAAACCUAAAAGAAAUUCUGCUCUUUUCUGAAAAAUAGCAAAAUUGCCAUAUAUAUAUAUAUAUAUAUAUAUAUAUAUAUAUAUAUAUAUAUAUAUAUAAUCACUACUAAAAAAAAUGUGUGUUGAUCCAGCAAAUUGAGAGCUGUACUUGAAUCCUGCCUGUACAAUGAUCAUUGCUGAAACUGUUCUCUCUUAUGGAUGAUGUGAGCCACAAUAUAGAGGUGUGGUGAGAAAAUUAAUUGUCACAUUUGUUAGAUAUUGUACAUAUGCCCUUGUUAAAUAUUGUACAUGCAUACUGCUCUGAGUGAAAGAUGUCAAAAGGUUUGUGUACAAACUGUCUUAUUUAUAUGUCUUUAUGUGAACAAGUGCCAAACGUUUGUAUUAGAAAUCUUAAUUAUUUUAUUGUGUUUUGUGAAUAAAGUGAAAACGGCCUGAAAAUGUGAAGAUCUGCAAAAGAAUGAAAUGGUCCACUAUUGAAAAAUUAGGUAGGUUUUUUUUAUGCAUGUACCUGAUCGACCCCUUUAGUUUACGAAGCUUUUUUUGUCAGUAAAAUCAUAUAAAUCUGAUGCACAGCAGUUUUAAGACAACGACAACGUUUCUUCAGUUGAACACAGUUGUAUUUUUCAUCACAUUCUAAAGCAUCUGAUUAGAUUGUUAAUGUGCAUAUCAGUGUAUGUCAGUAUAUUUUGCCUCAUGUUUGAGUAGUAGUAUCAGUAUUGACACUGUAUUGAGCCGAGCUACUAAAUUUAUCACCCACCCAGUUUACCAAAAUUUUAAUCAAUUAAAACAAUCAUCUUAAUACAAGCAUUGUUUGUUCAUAUGCAUGUCAUAAUCCGCAUCAUAUUCUUCAACAGUGUGAAAGCAGUGAUGUAUUGAGAGCUUUUGUAGUUUCUUUUUGUACUGUAAAUUAAUUAAGACAAGAAAAAAAAACUUUUCAGAGUGCAGAAUGUUAUCUAGUAUCACAAUACUUUUGGGCUAAAGAUGUAAUUGUGUUUGCUACCUCCUGUUAUUCCUGAUAUUUUUUAUUAGGUAUAUUUAUUUUUUUUAAUUGUUACAAAUGUAGACCACACAUCUGAAAGUAAACAUAGGAUUAGGUUUGCUGUAUGUUUUGUGUUUUAUCUCAAGCUGGUAAAUGCCAGAAAAUGUGCCUGUAUAUAGUUCCUCUGUACAGUGUAUGUGACAUGUAUCCUUUACUGAAACUGAAAACCUAAAUCUGUAAUUGGCAUUUCUUCUUCUUCCUCUUCUAUCACUGUGUAUGCUUUCUACAUACACUUAUGUUGUGGACAUAUUUUGCAUUUCCCAUGUGUUUUGAAGUUCAUAUCUUUAGACAUGCUAAAAUAUAUUGCACCAUUGACGGUACAAAACUUUUAUUAAAACACAAAAAACA